UUUAAAAUAGUUUACUUGGCCUUCCCCGUUUAGCCCGGAAACAAAUCGGACAGAUGCAAUGGAUAAUAUUACGAGAAUACUGCGCAAGAGUCAGAAAAUUUUCAACUCUCAAUAAGUAAACAUUGAAAACAGUCUUGUCUAAAUCAAAGAAUGGACACAUGGAAAUGCCCCCAGUGUACGUUUAUGAACGAUGGAUACAAAUCCAAGUGUACUGCGUGCGGGGCAUACAAUGGAUAUGGGGGUGGUGCACGUGGGCACAGUCCACGGGGAGGUUACAUGCCGCAAGGAGGACGAGGGAGAUACGGAAGGGGGAUAGACAAUGAAGUGCGCAUUGUGCUUCUGGGAAAAACAGGAAGUGGAAAGAGUGCCACGGGGAACACCAUUUUGAACGGUGACUUUUUCGAGUCUACCACAGCGGGCUCGUCUGUUACGUCACGAUGCACUAGCAGACACGCGCAGAGAUUUGGAAGAGAGAUUCAAGUAGUUGAUACGCCGGGAAUAUUUGAUACCAACUUGCCUAACGAUGUCGUGCAGAGGGAAAUCGUCAAAUGUAUCGGAAUUACUUCCCCGGGUCCACAUUGUUUCUUAUUAGUACUUGGACUCAGUCGAUUUACACAAGAGGAGGAAGAAAGCAUCGACCACUUUGUCAACUAUUUUGGAAGAAAUGUGUUUCGUUAUUUUAUCGUUCUCUUCACACGAAAAGAUGAUCUUGAUCACCAUGGAAAGACACUGGACGAUCACAUACGGACGGUUCCGACCAGUCUUAAGAAAAUCCUUGGUCAAUGCGAUGAUCGUUGCAUUGCGUUUAACAAUCGGGCCCCGAGUCCCGCUCGGCACGAUCAAGUUGAGGAUCUUCUUGAGAUGAUUGACGGAAUCGUCCGUCAAAAUAAUGGAGAAUAUUACACGAAUGAAAUGUACUCGGAAGCUGAAAAAGUAAUGAAACAUCGUCAAUACCAAAUCGAAAAAGAAAGAGAAAGAAAACAUGAAAGGGAAAGAAAAGAAAUUGAACGCGAUGUGGAAAAAAAGUACAAGACCCACUACCAAAGUCAAAAUGCCUUAGAACAAAGAGUAGCAGAACUUGAAUCAAUGCGCGAUCACUACGCAAGCCGAUCGACUGCUCUUGAGAAAGAAGUCCGGGAGCUAGAGGAACAGAUAGACUACGAAAAGAGACAGUAUGGAUCCCCAAGCUCGAAACUUGUGACAAAACUCAGACAUCUGCAAGAAGAAGGAACAAGACUGGGUUCUGGGAGAGGGUCAGAGAAAGAUAAAGAGAUUGAAGAGCUGCGGCAUCAGCUUAAGCAUAUGCAGAAAGAGACGAAGAAAAUCAGUAAGGAGAAAGAUAGGCUGUAUCAAGAGAGGCGUGAGGAGCUUGAUAAAAGAUACAGCGAGCUUGAACAUGGCCGUCACCAAGCGAUAAAGGAAGUGGAGACCGGAAGCGGAAAUGUUGGCGAAGCCUUGAUUGGUGGUAUCAUGACCAUAGGAAAGCUCGCGUGGAAAGGAAUACAAAUGUUCUUUUGAGAAAAGAAUUUAAUCUUUUCUUUAAUGCACUAGUCUUGAUAUCAUGAUUAGCAUAUACUUUAUAAUUUUCUCCCGUGAAUAAAUUAAACAUAUUGUUUUAACUGGAUGGAGAUAACGUAAUUUUUACCAUUAUCGAAAGAGCGAUCCAAACAGAACGCCAGGUAUUAUCUUAAACAAGACUUGUUAAAAUGUAUAACUAUAAUAUUGUAUGUUUUUUUUAUUGUGUGGUUUUAACUGUGCCCUUUCAGUAUAUCAUACGUAACUUAAAAAAAAUAAUAAAAUGCAAAAGUUAUAAAAUGCUAUAAAAUGAUAGACUAGAACCUAUACACCUUACAUGACAUGAAGCGAGAAACAACAGUGAUCAAGUUCAAAAGACCAAAAGGAAAAAAAAAAAAAAACGAGAGCUGCGCAAACACAAACCUCUACAACAAUUAUAGGUAGGAUCAGGUGCCAUGGAGGAGUGAGCAUCCUAGCUGAUCGGUCUCAUCCGACUUGCGCUCUUUGUCGUUGUCGGAAAAACGGGCAUAUCUGUGGAAAAUUCGGUGUCGUAAAAUACGUAUGAAAAUGCCAGUCAGCAUUCGACCUAGCAGAAGAUUGUAUUUGCUGACAAGGUUGGUGUAUCGACCAUAGAAUUUUCAAAAUGAUGACUGCAAUCAAGACUGUCGAUAAUCUUCUCUAUCAUCUUACUCAGCGAGGACACAUGUAAAAGUACAUUGCAUUCGUGUUACAUGUAAAUUGGUUGAUGUCAUUUUACUUGUUGAAUUACAUGUAUGUUGUUUGUAAUUAUUUGAUUAAAAAAAACAU